CCCGGGAGACGGCGGGGGGCGGGGCGGGGCGGGGCGGGGCGGGGAUGGUCGGUGUGUGGCCUCCAUCUUUCCGCCGCGCGCCGCGGCGGCACAAAGGAGCGGCGCCGCCUCGCCUCGCCGCCGGCCUGAGGGGGCGCGGGUGCCGCGCGGCCCCGCUUACAGGAGGAAAGAGAAUUGGAAGGACAUCUCCCACUUUCUCUGUACAGUCCUGAACUUGAAAUAGUGAACAACUGCCAGCUCUCCAUGGUUUGCAAGGAGGUUGCGAAACUGGCUUUCAGCUACUGUCACUGAACGCUUGGGCCAUCCUCUGAUGCUACUUGAAUUACCGAGAAGUGGAAGGUCAGGGUACAAAGGACAGUUCCAUCUAAACGAUCAUGAGAAGAGAAAUUAUGAGCUCAGAGCGAGGCAGCGGGGAGGUGGGACUCUUCAGUGUAGUUUCUAAAAGUGAAAGCAGAGUCAAGUAGAAUGAUUCACCUCCCAACAUAAAGGCUUAUAUAUUGCUACCUUUCCGGAUACGGCUGUCUCUGCGCCCUAAGGAAGUACAGUCCAUCUCCGUUACGGCGCUUUAUGAGCAAGUCCAACUGUUCCUGAACCAGCUUAAGGACCUGCUUCUGGAUGACCAAUGUGUAUUUUAGCUGAUAAUGUCGGAUACUAAGUCUCCAAUUUCCCAUUCAUUCCACCUGGUAGCAACGCAUAUAAUGCAAAAAUCACAAUUCAGGAUCAUACAAAUAUUACUGUUAAAACUUUCUAGAUGAUUGUAGUUGCUUUGGUUGUGUUCUAUGCUAGCAGAAGCCUUCUUCGAGGUUUACUGCUGACUCUAGAGCACCACGUUCCCCAUUUACUGGGAGCCUUGGGGGCUAGCAAUAUGGGAAACUCCUGUGUUUGCCGAGAUGAUAGUGGAGCCGAAGACAAUGCAGAAUCCCAGAAUCGGCAAACAGAGCACAAUAGAGCACGUGUACCUGAAGCAAGAAGCCACCCAAGGGACCCUGUCCGGCCACCCCGGAGGGGGCGAGGGCCUCAUGAACCAAGAAGGAAAAAACAGAAUGUGGAUGGGCUGGUACUUGACACACUGGCUGUAAUUCGGACGUUAGUAGAUAAUGACCAGGAGCCUCCUUAUUCAAUGAUCACGUUGCAUGAAAUGGCAGAAACAGAUGAAGGCUGGUUGGAAGUUGUCCAAUCUUUAAUUAGAGUUAUUCCAUUAGAAGAUCCACUGGGACCAGCUGUUAUAACGUUAUUACUCGAUGAAUGUCCGCUGCCAACAAAAGAUGCAUUACAAAAGUUAACUGAAAUACUAAAUUUAAGUGGAGCUGCUGCUUGCCAGGAUGCUUGUCACCCUGCCAAACAUCGGAAUACAACUGCAGUACUGGGCUGUUUAGCAGAGAAAUUAGCAGGUCCUGCAAGUAUAGGCUUACUCAGCCCAGGCAUAUUGGAAUAUUUACUUCAUAGCUUGAAUUUCCAGUCCCAUCCGACAGUGAUGCUUUUUGCACUAAUAGCCCUGGAGAAGUUUGCACAAACAAGUGAAAAUAAAAUGACAGUUUCUGAAUCGUGCAUUAGUGACCAACUGCUCUUGCUAGAGAAAUGGACAGAUAAUCCAGACUAUUUAAAACGCCAAGUUGGAUUCUGCGCGCAGUGGAGUUUAGACAAUCUGUUUUUAAAAGAAGGCAGACAGCUUACAUAUGAGAAGGUUGACUUGACCAACAUUAGGGCUAUGCUGAACAGUAACGAUGUCAGUGAAUACCUUAAGAUCUCACCACAUGGAUUAGAGGCUCGAUGUGAUGCUUCAUCCUUUGAAAGUGUUAGAUGUACAUUCUGUGUCGAUUCUGGAGUCUGGUACUAUGAAGUUACAGUAAUUACUUCGGGAGUGAUGCAGAUAGGAUGGGCUACCAAAGACAGCAAGUUUCUCAACCAUGAAGGUUAUGGCAUCGGGGACGAUGAGUACUCCUGUGCAUACGAUGGCUGCCGGCAGCUGAUUUGGUAUAAUGCCAGAAGUAAACCACAUUCCCAUCCCUGUUGGAAAGAAGGAGACACAAUAGGAUUUCUACUAGACUUGCAAGAAAAGCAAAUGAUCUUCUAUUUAAAUGGAAACCAGCUUCCUGCUGAGAAGCAAGUAUUUUCAUCUGCUGUAUCUGGCUUUUUUGCUGCAGCUAGUUUCAUGUCCUAUCAACAAUGUGAGUUCAACUUUGGGGCAAAACCUUUCAAGUAUCCACCAUCAAUCAAAUUUAGCACCUUUAACGAUUAUGCCUUUCUGACAGCAGAAGAGAAAAUCAUUUUGCCAAGACACAGACGCCUAGCUUUGCUGAAGCAAGUGAGCAUCCGAGAGAACUGCUGCACACUUUGCUGUGAUGAGAUAGCAGACACAGAACUCAGGCCUUGUGGACACAGUGACCUGUGCAUGGAGUGUGCCUUGCAACUGGAGACCUGCCCGUUGUGUCGACAGGAAAUACAAACUAGGGUCAGACAAAUCUCUCACAUUUCAUGACACGUGGAGAAAUACCACAGACUUGUUUUUAAUGAACUCCAUCCAAUACCGAAGGGGGAAAGCAUCUCUUAACCAAUCUUUACGCACAUAGAACCAUAGCCACGGCCAGAUCUCAUGCUAAACUGUAGUCUGUUUAUCUUAAAAAUGAAAUCUUUAAUAAGCUAUUUCAAAUUGCCAGCAACAGGAAUUGGUUUCAACAGUAAUGAAAGCUGGUAGUUCAGUGUGUUACGGCUAUUGGUUAUCUCCAAGCAAGACCACAGGAGAGUGUCUCUUUUCCUCCCCCCUUCCUUCUCGCCUGUCGCAAGUGCUGAAAGAAUUUGCACUGGAAGUACACAUACAAUGCAUUUAAAAAAAAAAAAAAAAAAAAAGGAAAGGAAAUAUCUCCUAGAACAGGGCCAUUCUGUCUUGUGCUCGAUAGUCUCUAUUUUUGGCAGAAGUUGGUAUACUAAAAAAGAAUGCCAAUGUUUCUCGUUUCAUGUAGCCUCCUGCUGGUCAGAGACUCUGUAUUUUCAGCCAGUGGAUAUUAAACUGCUCAAAGACUUAAUCUGUACACAGACUGAUUUGAAAAGACAGUGUGGAGACUGUAGAGAAAUUCACAUUUUUUAAUAACCUGGUGAUUCCAAAGAAUGUUCUGAUUUGUUUUUAAAUGUUAAAAGAUUGGCGGUAUUUUCAAGUACGUAAUGUUUCUGAUGCUUUUAACUUCAGUACCCACAUUUUUUUGUGAGGAUAUAAUUUUCAGGAGGUAUUCUUCACUAAUUGUAAUGCUGGACUGGAAUUAAUUUGAUAUUCUGGGUAUUUUUUAAGGUAUCAUCAAUCAUCUUUUUUUAAUCAGUAUUGUUUUUGAAAGUUAUGUUCACUUUGAAAAUAUUGAGCUAUCUUAAAAGUUUGAAGAAGAAUUCUCAGCCAGUUUAUUUAAAAGGAAAAAAAAAAGUUAUUGGGUAGCAAGUUCAGGCCUCUUCUGUAACUCUUAAAGCACCUUGCUUGCCACAUGUCAGUCCUGCUCUGAGCAGGUUUGGAGCCACACUUUGUGUUUUUGGUAGGGAUCAUUUAGUGAGAAUCUCUACUCCACUUUAAUAAUACAUUUGUGACCUUCAUAUGUUAAGGACGCAUUUCAGCAGGCAGCUUUUGACUAUUUUACUGGGUUUCUACAAGGAAUCAGAUUCACAUCUGGUGUCAAUUAGAGAAGUAGUGCUAAAGUCAGUGGAGUUAUGCUUAUUUUGCACCAACUGAGGAUAUGACUCUGUCUCUUCCAAGAUUUGUACAGUUUUUGGUUUUUAAUUUUUUUAAAAGUAUCUGGAUAUAUAAUAGAACUCUGCUAAUUCACACACAACUUGCACCAAAAACAUCCCACCUCUUGGCAAUGAUUCAACAGCAGAGGCCAUUGUAGUGAAUUCUCAUGCUGUGAUGUAUUUUUUUUAAUUGUCUUUAUUGUACUAGUAAAGUAUCAAGUAUUAACAAAGUAAAGCUGAGGGCUGACUGUUCAUGCUGAGCACUCUCGUUUCCUGCUGACCUAAGUAGGAGCUAAGAGCACUGUGCACAGGUCCCAGAAUCAAGCCUGUUAGCAACUACUUUCAUGUUUUGCCUUCGCUAACUGAAGGGUGCUGAAUUUCAUCAAGAAUAAAAUAAAUCUCCAGUGAGCCUCUGAAGUCAACUGUGUGAACUAGGAAAGUUCUGUAAAUCAUUUUCAUGUUGACUUUUUCCAAAUACAAACUGAAUCAAAAAUGGUGUCAUGUUUAGUCUUUUUGCUAAAAUGUGAAUUCUCUUCCACCUUGGAUGCCUGUUUUGAUUAAGGUCAGAAUGGCAAAUCCAUGCCACGAGGACUUCAUUUCCUCAUUGACUGUACUUUACUAGAUUUUGGUGUAUCCCACUUUGCUAGUUGGGGCCGAGUCCCUUUCGGCUAGGUGCUGAAUGAGCAAACAUGUCAACGUUGUCACUGCCACAAGAUUCAUAGCAUUUCAGAAGCAUUUAAAACCAAGUUUUUAAUGCUUCUGAAUGUAAUGGUAGCUUUUAUCCCUAAGGUACAAAGAUACCCACCAUACUUUAGGGAAGAAGUGGGACGGAACCAUUUGGAACUCUGCCUUAAUAGAUCCUAAUAACUUCAGGGUUUUGGUUUCCUUGGCCAAGAUUGACUGAGGUAAAAUUUUCAAAAGUGCCUAAGCCUCCUGAUUCAUAUCAACUGUUGUAUGAGAUUAAGCUCUUAAGACUUAGGUCUACAAAGGCCUUUAGGUGCAUGGAGUUCCAUUGAAGCUGAGCACACCUGAGACCCUAGAUGCCUUUGUGGAUAUGGGACUAAGUGCCUGUGGUGUUUGUUGGAAAAGAUGUGAAAGCUUUGGAGAAUUUUGCCCUGGAUCAUUUUGCAUACAGCUGGCGCGGUGCAGAGGAAGGCAGUGGUGCAGGAGGAGGGAGCCUGUGAGCGCCUGCUGCUCUCUCUGAGCCCUGUCACCACGCCAGUCCUUAGCUGUUGCAGAGAACUGUCCUAUUCAUUUCACAAACUGAAAGACUGUACAAUUCAGCUGGAUUCCUACUGAAAUUCAGCAUGGGACUGUCUUUGCAAAGCAGGCCCGGGUGCGUGCUCGACUGGGUGCGGGGCUCGCUCGCUGAGGUUGGUGCAGCGACAUGUCAGCUCCGGCCUGCUCUGCCCAUCCUCGGCGACUCGUGGGCCCUGGAAGGAAGACCAUGGCUUCGCAGGCCUGCAGGUGGGAAACCCGAGCAAUGGAGAAGGGGAAAGGAACUGUAGUCAAGUUGUUCGUUAAAAAUAAAAUGUAUUGAUGACUUUUU